AUGAAUCCCUUUUCUGGGCUCCAGAAUCCGCUCUUGAAUCGGUAUGAAUCUCUGCACCACCACAGCUCCGGAGAUACCAGUACUUAUGGCGCCAUGGGGGCUGCGCCGCCUGCUGCGACUGGUGCAACUGGGGUGGUGAAAGAACUUCAGAGUAAAGGGCUUCUGAAUUGUUCUCAGGGAAUGAGCCAGACAUACUGGCCCACGAUUUUUGAGGAAUCGGGCAACACCAGUUUAGUAGAGGAUUUCUGGUGCAUCACUCCUGGGAAUGGGUAUGAAAAGAAGGUUGAUCUGAAGAAGAAGAAGAAGAGGAGGGUGCAGAAAAGAAAAGCAAGCAAACUCCGUAAGAAAUUGAAUGUAGUGAAAGGGCAAUGGACUCCCCAAGAAGACUGCUUGUUGAUUCAGAUGGUGCUGAACUAUGGAGAGAAGAAAUGGUCUGAAAUUGCUAAGCAUCUCAAUGGUAGGGUAGGGAAGCAAUGCAGGGAGAGAUGGCACAACCAUUUGAGGCCCAAUAUUAAGAAGGAUCCGUGGACCGAGGAAGAGGACAGGAUUCUCAUACAAGCUCAUAUAGAAAUAGGUAACAGGUGGGCAGAGAUUUCAAAGAGGCUGCCGGGAAGAACUGAGAAUACCAUCAAGAACCAUUGGAAUGCUACCAAAAGAAGGCAUUUGUCGGCUCGGAGUUGCAAUGGUCCGAAGAGCAGCCUCUUGCAGAACUAUGUGAAGCAAGUCUUUUCAUUGCCUGGCGCUACUGAUCAUUACGAGCCAAAUGCUCGCUCGGAACCCAACAUAUCAGUGCCUAAUGCCAUGAACAAUCAGCAAGUGCGGCAGCAAGGGAGCUCAUCACAGUACUGGGCAGAGGAGCAGCUCGUCCCUACCUGCUACAACGGAGCCAUUGAUGCCUCUUUUGAUGCAAAAACAUUCUGGGAAAACUGCGGUUUGGUGAAUUGCAACUCUUCUGAGAGCUAUAGUACUAUUGGGUCUUUGCUUGAAGAGACGCCUACUGGUAACUCUAUGAUUGCUGAGGGCGCUAUAAUGGGGCUUGAGAUGCCUGUCGAUAUGGAUACUCUGAUGCAGUUUGGGAUGAAUAAGGAGGUCAGCUUGCUGGAAACAAUUGCCAACUUAAACCUGUAA